CUUUUGCUUAGGUGGAACCAUCGACCCAUUAUUUUGGUGAGGUGGUUUUGGAGAUUCCAGCGGAUGUGACAUAUUUCUCGGACCAGCGGCGAAGCGGCAUCUCUUCGUAAUUUAGACGGGAGCAGCGGGACUUUUGACAGAAGAGUUCGAAAGAAGGGUACUUACCCACCAAUUUGUGCGCACCUUAAUGCGCAAACGUCAACAUGUAAUUGGGUAGGUUUCGAUGAAUGAGUACGCACAUAAGUCCGUGAAAGCGACUGUGAUCGAGAGAGAUUCGUCGGCUCGAGGAGCUCCACGACCACGCUGAUUUUGACACCAGUGUAUCUUGGUACAUUUGUCUCUUUUUUCUAUCCGCCGAUGGGCGUAUACGCCGGUUAACAGGGUACUUGUUUCUGCUUGUCUAUGCAUGAAUUGCCGUAAUGCAAACUGUCUCAGGCCGUAGACAAAGAACCCGGUGAUUCCGAGCACUGAUGCGGUGAAUGUGUGCUGUUUGCCGGGUUUUCCGUGCCCGGCGUCCGGAGGUUUGCAUCGUGUCUGUGUGUUGCAAAUCGGAAGAGAGCACCUCCCCAGUUCGUUCGAUACGUGUGGGAGAAUUGAUUGGUAGAAAUGCAUGGUGAGGAGCCAACCAAAAGACAACGGACCUAUUUAACUUACUCGAGGUCGCUGUUCUCCCGCAACGGCGCGACUUCCCCUAGCAACCGUGGACGCACGUUUUCCUGCUACUGUGUCAAACGCCCCUCCAUUGUUUCAUUUCUUCUCCGGGAUCUCCCGCAAAAGCACGAGAAAUCAGAACGUUUCUUUAGCAUGGAAAAUGCACGUCUUGACCUUGCACACGACGCGAGCGCAGCCCGUAUCGUACGACAGUGCCACAGGAAUCUCGAUGGACUGCUUUUAUGCUGGUUCUUGUCCGGGUCCGAGUUUCGGGCGUUGCCACAUCCCUAGUAGACCCGGUGCCGCGCCAGUAAACCUGCCGCGCUCGCUGAGCUAAGCCCCAAUUGAACCACACUUUUUUAAUGUCUUUGUGCAUUGGCUUUUCUUUGAAGGGCUUUCUGCUGCUUUCCGUCACCGAAACUAGUUUGGCGCGUUUCUUCCUGCUUCCUGCUCAGUUGCUCUGUUUGUUCGCGCCGCUGUGGCGCUGCGGCUAUUUCCCUCGGUUGAAGCGCCACGGCCGCAUGAGAUUCGGGCGCGCAUGAACGAGCGCAAUUCCGCAAGUUCAGCCAGCCGCAAUUUUGUGGAGUUUUUCCCGAGCGCCCGGAUUUGUUUGUCUGCGUUGUCCGCACCUCGAAGAUAUAGAAAAAGACAAAAAACAGGCCUGAAGGCUUUAUGUCUGGACAAAAAGACCGCAACGCGCCAGCGUGUUUUGUGGUCGGCAGCCCGCUGCUGAUCGUGCGGUGUAUUUCGCGGAGGGGCUGUUUCGUGAACUUUGUUGCAAAGAGUUUUUUUCGGUUUCUACUCUCCCAUUGUUUUCGCCCGCUCUUCGGUACACUGUGUCUUGCUUUGUCUAUGUCUCCCGCUUCCUUUUUUGGAAAGCUGCUGGGCUCUGGGUUUCUGCACUCCUGCCAGCUAAGUUUCCGUCACUGCUACCUGUGCAUCGAGACAUCAGCUUCUCGAUUCAUGACGAGCUAGCGAGCCUUCCGCUGAUGUUUUCACUCCAGCCGGCGGACCGAAUCUCCUUGUUUGCUCCAGGAAAGUGACAGUUCCUGCAGUUUCUCAGCAAAAAUACCUACCAUUAGUAGCGUGGUCGAGAUAACCCUUCUAUGUUGCACAGAAGGAACAGGCAAGCGAAUCCACUUCGUUUUGGCGAGCUCCGAAGUGUCGGAUUCCUAGCAGCAGCAAUCCGCAAUUGCUGGGCGUGUCCUGCCCCGUUUCGUGUCUCCGCAAACAGGGAGUGCUUUGUUGUUUGAUGAAGGAACUUCUUUUUCUUUCUGUCGUGAGGCAAAGUCCCCAAUAGUCAGCCUUUCCGCGGUCGGUUGAACAGAGAAAUAAGCGAAUUCUCGGUCCCGGCAACACCGACAGACGAGCCUGUCUCUCGUGCGGGCAAAAGGUGUCUUAAGCGACGUCGUUAUUUCUUUCAAUAUCAGCCUCUCUCCACGCAAAAUUCGUUUGGAGGAGAGGCAACACUGCGUGGGUGUCUCCGUGUGACAUGAAGUCGUUGCAUCAGAGAAGCAGGACGAGAACGGAGGUCUCGGACUCUCACUUCCUGAGUGCCGCAGACCUCGCGUUGUCUACUCUGCUCGCUGUUCCGUGUCCGUCCGUCCGUCUCGAGCAGCCGAGCAGAUUCGCCUGUGUUAAGAGAGGAGAUUGGACUUUUAGCAGUAAACAGUUCGAAACGGACACGAGUGAUCAAUCUCAGAGGGAAACUCUGGCUCGCUGGCGCGACCUCCGCCACUGAGAUAAGGACGUGCACGACUUUUUGACGACAGAGAACCCCGAAGAAAAAAACCGCAAAGUUCGUUCUCGAAUUGCAGGGUACGAAGGAUAUAGAAAGACUAGGUUCCUGGCUGUUGGUUGAACGGGAUCGCGAAACGCCCUCCGCCAGCAAGCACCUGCACCGGCAGUAUAAUCGCAUUUGUUUCUGCAUGUAACGAGACUGGCUACUCGCUGUCUCUGUAUCAACGUAGUCCAUUGCGGUUAUGUACUUGGCAGGCGCAAACCCCUUUUUCCGCUGAUUGUUGGAACUGCACCUUUCGUGGGAUUGUUUCACAGCGCGUCAACUCUGGUUUUCGAGGUCUUUCGUCAAUCGUAACGCAAGCGUUUAUCACCUGGUGCCUGCUGGGUCACCUUUUGCGUAAGAAUUGCGUGCUACGUCCAAGCUUUUCUGUUCGAAGGUGUCCUGUGUUGUUUCGAUCGUGUUUCAACCGUGUCAUUAACCGCCUGAGCUCUCCGUCCGAUUGUUUCUACUCACCGAGUUCACCGAGCCGAUAAUUUUUCGUCGUCUGAACGCCCGUUUCCGUUGUUCUGUUUCACCGGUUUUGUGUUUCCUCACUGUCUGGUUUGCGGUUUGUUCCAGUGUGGUGCACCCGUUUGUCCAAUUUUUUACGCCCUCACCGGUUCCCUUCCAUUUGUGAGUCCCGUCGGGCCGCUUCCACACAAACACCGUUUUCCGCCACACCCACUCCCUUCGUGGCUCACACCUCGCCCGCGGUCCUGUACGCUCUCACCAUGGAGACCGGCAAAAUCGACGCCCCGAAUUUCGGCGUGUCUGCCCAGCAAGAACAAGACGCCUUUCUCUCCCUCCUGAAGGUCGGUGGUCACCAAGAAACCGCCCUCGAGUCCCACACUGCAGAAACGGACUCGAACACAGACGCACCAGCGCCUUCUUCAAACGACGGGGAACUGGAGAGUGCCGAUCGUCUGCGAGCGCCGUCAUCACCUGCCUCGGCACCGUCAGAAGACUCCUCAUCCCUUACCUUUCCAUCCAUGUCAUUCCAGGACUCGCCUGCUCUGGGUAUCACCCCGAACGCCUCUACGCACUCCCUCGACUUUGCCGCUCCCGCGAGCUCGACCGCCUCCGCAGCGGCGCUGCUCUCUUCCCCAGUCACGCUCAGCCUCCUCGCAACUCCGUGCCCCGACGCCACAGCCGACGCGUUGGACUCCGUCUCAGUCAUGGCUCGAAGUUCGCCGGGCCCGCAAACGCCUUUCGCCCGGAGCGCGGUUCCGCGUCGGCAAACGCAAACCCUGUCGGGGAUGUCUGGCGCUUCACAUUCUCUCGAUGAUGCUGUGUCCCGCAUCGAGGCUCGUGUUCUGCAGCAGCAUGAACAACAGACAGACGUUGACGAGGCGCAAGUCCAGCUGGGAGUUUCCGAGGAGUCUGAGUCGAACAAGGCUGACGGUGAGAAACCCGCGUUCGCGUCUGCCGCAAGUGCGUCGGUGGACAGCGCGACGACCGCGGCAAGCAGCUCUGUGGACAGCUCCCCGACUUCUUCGCCUCCUCGCGUGACCUGGACUCCCGGAUUUCGUCUGCCACUCGGCGCUGAAGGCCGGCAGGUGCUGCUGCGGCGCCUGCGCCGGGCGUACCAUGCCUCGCCCCCAGAGACCCGCGACACGUUCCUCGCGUCCCACGGCCUCGUGUUCUCGCGCAUGCCAUUCGCGACCGUCUCGGAGCUCUUCCACUUGGCGCACCUCCUCGGAGUCUUCGAUUUCGCAGUCCAGUGCAGCGAAGAGUUCGGAGGCGUCUCCAGCGCAACUGCCGUCGCUGGCCGUGGCAACCGCUCUGGGGUCCACUCAUCGAACGCUUCUGUCGGUGCUGUCGGAGCCAGCGAAGGUGCAUCUGGGGAAGGCUCUGAGGGUCUUCGCGUCGGCGCGAGCGCGAAGCGCAGACGGGCGACACUUCAGCGCCACGCCGCCCCGAGUCCGCAGGCUGUCUCCCGAACUCUGCGCGCGCAGGCGCCCCAACGCUGGCUGCAUGGACCUGGCGCCGAGGAGGCGUUCGGCGAGGCCUCAGUGCAGAGCGACGAAGCCGGAACGGGCUUCGUGGCCGACGGCGCCCCCAGGUAUCUCCCCUUCGAAGACUCCGCGGAAGCCGACCAGCUGAGCGCGGACCUCCGCCACUCCGCAGACUCCUCGCCCGUGAGUGCCCGGCGGACGCCGCGCGGCUUGAAGAAGCGCCGCCGUCGCCCUCUCGCCCACGCCCCGAGCCGCCAUAACUGGGCCCAAGCGCAGGUCGACGAGCAUGCCGGCGCCUGCUCGCCCUUCGGCUGGAGCGGUGGGCUGAACGAAGUGGCAGACUGCAUGCAUGGCGGGGCGUUGGCUUCAGAUCUUUUGCUGAAUGCGGCCAGUCGUUCAGGGUUCUUCGGCGCGGAGCGUAGAGUUGAGGCCGCCAAGAUCGACGCCUGCACUCAGAAGCAGCUGCUUCAAAUCCUACAGCAACUCGGCCUUUUCAACGGGGAACUGGAAGGGGCAGCGAACGAGCUAGGCGACACCGAUAAAUUCUCUGCAGCUGUCCAGGCCCUGCAGAUGCAACUCCAGGCUUUGACAGGCAACUCAGCGAGCCACGCGGAGAAGGCGGCACCGGCUGUUGUCCCCAGACGGACGGGGGUGAAGCGCGCCGUGGGAGGUCACGCGCGUCGAGCAAGUGCUGGCAUCCGCAAACGCAGAGACAUCGCCGACAGGCUGAGUAAGGAGGAGCUUCGAAACGGAGAAGCUGACUCUGCGUACUGCGUGAGAGGCCCUUUGUUUAACAUGCAGCAGCCGGGGCAGAAGGAGGUCCUUCACACACCGGCGAAGGCGGCGGCCCUAGACUUCCUUCAGGUCGCGAGUCGAGACGCCGUCAGCGACCAUGGCCAGACCCGGCAGGAGUCGCUUACGCUUUCAGUCGCUUCGUCACUGCCCUCGCUGGCGGAGGAGACGACCCAGGCCCCGUCUUUGGAGACGUUGUUGGCGCGAUCGCUGGCGGCGAUCGGGAACGGCCAGGACUGUGCAUCGCUGUUCGGCCCCCAGAUCUGUCUCCAGGCGGACCGCACGCAGCCAGCCUCGUCUGAGCGGGACUUCUUCCAAUUCGUCGACGAGUUCAAGACACGGAUGGACGCCACGGAAGAUGCCGUCGCCGCCAAGCAGGCCGACGCGUCCCUCGAAGAGCUGACCCGCGAGCGCGAAGCCCUCCUGCGCUCCUUUCUCCAGGGCGACCUCUCGCAAGUGUUGAAGGGCCAUGAGGGCGGAGAAAUCGCAGCGGAUAACCAGGAAGCGCUGCUGCUGAGUCUGCUUCAGAAGCCCAAGUUGAAGCGCCCGCUCGACUUUCCCAGCGACUCGACGCGGCUCCUGGACGGAGCUACGAGCGCAGAAGAACCGUUUCAGACCUCCCAGGGCCUCCUGGACGUCUCGCCCGAGGCGCUGCGUGGCUUGUCUUCGCAGGCCCUGCAAGCCUCUCGGCCGUUGGCCGCGGCUGCCUUUCCAGGUGCCGAUUCGGGGCUAGGUUCCGCCUUGCUGCAGCUGCUUCAGAAUCUCCCGACGAGAGACAUGGCGGUCGCAGACCGGCUCCUCCCAGCGAAGGCCGCCGCCGUUCCGGCGCCCGCGUCCACGAAUGCUCAGUAUGCGGUUGGCCUCCAGUUCUUGCGACUCGUCGAACUCUUCCAGCUCCACAACAACCUGUCAGGGCUCCUGGGAGCUCUGCCCAAAAUCCAAUGCGAGUCGGGCCUGGCCCCGGGCGUCGAAGAAGAGCUGAAACGCGGAGCGCUCGCAGAGAGAGACGAUGGUGCAAAGACCUUCGAGCCGCUUGCAGUCCGCGCCACGCCAGUCACCACAGGCGAGGACUCGAACUCGCGAAACGGGACCAGCUGGGGUAGCGGCUGUGACAGUCUCCGCAGUCGCAGCGGAAGCUUCAGCGACAGGACUUCUCUCUCCAUGGGGUCCAGGCUUCCCGCAGGGACUCCCUGCAUCUUGAGGACCACAGACACCCUCGCUGAGGGCGUCCGCAGCUCCUUUACUACUUGCUGUAGCGACGGGCUUCCCGCGACCGCUGUCGCCGCCCCCAGGAGUGAAGCCUUGAGUUAUCCGAACGCCGAAGAGUGUCUCCAGCUCAAGCUGUCCCGUCAGGGUGCCCGCGUCUGCUGAGAUAACCAAGGGACAGACUGAGGGAACGUAAGUGACCCAGGUCUCUUGGAGCGCUUUGAUCCGACGGCGGUACAGGGAGAAAAAACCGGUCAGAAGAUUGAGCCGGAAACUGGAGCGAAGAAAGUCCUGCAUGCACUCAUUCACUUUGUGACCACAUGGAACCGGCACACAGAAGGACGAAACUCGUGAGGUCGCCUCUCGCCAGAAGGAGUACAAGAAGUGGAUGCGCCUGAAACGACAGAGAGAAUGAAACGAGCUGGACAAUGAGGGAAUCCGUGGCGAUCUUUUAAUCGGAGGGAGCACGUUGUCGUGUCUGGGCUGGCCGGAGCGAGCUGUAGACGUGGGGAGUGGCGUUCGAGUGCAGAGCCCGGAACUACGGGAUUGGCAGAAAGCAAGUAGUCAAGAGUGAGGGGGUUCUCGGAGCGUAAGUCCCUGCUAAGGGAUCCUACGAAAUGGGGACUUUUGUGGUGGAGUUUGUGUUGCAGACGUGGAAAGUGGUGUUUGUCGAGGGUUCUGUCAAGUUCCUCCUGUUGCUCCGGGCAGCAUGAAAUGCAGGAAAAGUCACUUCGAAAAUGCAGCUAAGUUUGUCGUUUUCCUUUUGUUUUGUUGCAAACGAUUCCCUUUGUCAUUAGAGUGUUUUUUUCAGGUUUUUUGUGGCUGAAACGUGCCGCGUGUUGUGCUCGUGAGGUUUCGUUUGACGGUGCGGAUGCAGAGAGAUAGGGAAAGCGCAACAUGCUGACACCUCUGCAUGGCGACAUUUGGUACCCAGACAGCUGUGUUGACUGGGAAAGCGGGCUCGCGAAAUUCGGUGGCGAGAGAAAGGACGGUUUUCUCCGAAUUUCCUUUGCACCUCUUGCCGCUAUGCCGUGUGCAGGCGCCGUCCGACAUUACCGAGCCCUUUUGGGCUGUUGGGAAGGUAGCGUUCAGUUGCUUUGUUUUCGACGAGAAACUGAGAAAGCAAGCUAAUGAAGUUCCACUUUCUCUAGCGCCUUCCGCCGCGGAAACCGAAACCGCAUCACUGUUACUCUGCGCGGAACUGCAAUUGCGGGCUGUUCCUUCCCCACUGUAUUAUGUCGCUUUCCUGAGCUCCGUGUAUCUGUUCAAGAACGGCAGAGAUUAUACUCUUAGAGCAAGCACGCAGUUCGGUAGGCAGAAGCUCAGAUGCGAAGCUGGGCUAAACGUGACCCGAGGGACUGUCCAUAGAAUUAAAAGGAGAACGUUUCUGUUUCCAGAGUACACAAAAAGGAACGUUGGCCAAAAAAACGAACCAAUCGCAUCAUCUACAUGUGCAACAGAUUCUUGUUUUUUGAGAAGGGAGACCGCUCCAACAGAGUUUUCGGCGCCGUUCGGUCGCGUUCAUCGGAGAUGGGCUGACAGUGGUUGAAAGUCUGUAGGCCCUGCGCGAGGUGGCGUUGCACCGACUGCGUAAAAGGCCGUAUUUCUGAAACUAAAAUGUGUCCGGUGAGUCGUCGGCGACGCGACGGAAGUUGCGAAGCAGAUGCUGCAACAAUCCUUUCGGCUUGUUCAUACGGGAUUCGCACUGAUUGUCGCACCCACCAGCGCAGUCCAAGUUCAAUCAACGAUCGAACCACCGCUUUGUGCUGUGUCGAUUUCCCGCCACGCUCCAAAGAUCCGUUUCCCACAACCUUGACGGUAAAGUUAGACCUAACUCUUCCCUGCGAUGUACGCCA